CCGCUGGGAAUGGCUCCUCCUGAGGCGAUUAAGCCGGCGGCGCCCUCACUCCCUCCUGGCUCUCCCUGGGCGAGGCUCGCGGCGGGAGCAGCAGCAGCAGCAGCGCUCUGUCGGCCCCUUUGGCCCGGGAAGGCGAGCCCCGAGCAGCCUCCCUCCCUCCCUUCGGGCUCCUCAUGGAGGGCUCCUCCUCGCCGCCUCCCGCCUAUUCGGACCUCAAGCCGGGCAAAGGCGGCGGGGGCGAGGGGGCCGAGCUGCGUCUGAACGGGGUCGAGGGCGGCGAGGCGGAGGCGGCGGAGGAGGAUGAUCCCCGGAGCCACGCGCCCAAGAACUACCUCUGGCUCAGCAUCUUCUCCUGCUUCUGUCCCGCUUACCCCAUCAACAUCGUCGCCUUCGUCUACUCUGUCAUGGCCUUAAACAGUUAUACCCAAGGAGAUAUAGAAGGGUCAGAAAGACUGGGCCACAUUGCAAUGUUGGUUGCUAUUGCAUCUAUUAUCAUUGGCCUUGUGAUGAUUGGAGUCCUUUGCCUAAUCCAUUUCACUACACAUGCCAUCUGAAAGCCAAGAUUUGGACAUAAAGAGUUAUUGUCUUCAAACCUGUGGGAAAGGCACAAGGAGCCUCGACUGAAAAGAAAAAGAAAUAUGGAUCCCGAUGGUUUGAUUUGAAUCCUGUGAGUUUUGCCCAAAGCAAGAUGCUGGUGAGCGGACUGUUAGUUAUCGCUGGUUGCAGUGCUCUGCAGCAAGAUGAGCACACACACACACACCAGUAUGUCUUUAAAAUGCCUUUAUAGAGCAACAUAUCCUCUUCUCCCCAUCCCCCAAUACCUUGAUAAGUUAAGAGGUGCCACCUCUGUCUGAAACACCCACCAUGUAUUGUUGGCAUGUGCACGCAUUCUAAUGUCUCCCAGGCUGGAGGCAUUUGCUGAACUUUCUGGAUUGGCAUGGAUGCAAGAGCGGAGCCAGAACCUGUCGGACACGUCGGGUAGCCAGCCCUGCCAUUGGCUAGAGUGAGCCAGUGGCCUCAAGUGACAAAGACUAAGAGAUGGCUGCAAGGGGUUGGAAGACAAAGACAUGUACUGUACCAUGAGACCUGUUGUGCCUUCCCUUAGCUAGCCUGCUGACUUCAGAUACGGGGAAGGAUGGUGUUUCAUCAUCAAGAUGCAUGGAAUGGGAGGAACGCCAUCUUUUUCGUCUCAGACAAGGAAAUGUCUUGGGCUCCCUUCAGUAAGCACACAAAAGAGUGCUUCUGUGGAACAUACAUGUGGACAUCUUUAACCUUUAGCAGCAUCACCACCACACUCCCUGGAGCUGACUUCUUAUGCAUGGGGUUCUGAUUCUCUAGGGAAGUGGGGUGGGAGGGAAGCUGGCAUUGAGAAAUGUUAUCUUUUAAGGCCAUAGUUUGCCCAAGAUCAUGACUCUGUUUCCCAUCAAUGUACAGAUUUGCCCUUUUCUCCUCCCUGCACUGAUGUCCCCUCCAACUGUUCUCCACUCACUCCCAAAACAAGCCCCCUAUUUUUCUUUUCCUCCUUGCAGGAAAGAUUACUGGGCUCAUUUUACAGCCACUCUAAUGCAUCAGUCUUUGGAAUUGUGCCUCUGCUUAUGUAUUUGUGCUCGUUCUCUUGUCAAUUGUAAAGGUGGCUUUGUUACCCAUACUCUCUAUGGUGGUUCAUACAGAGAGCCAGGACCAGGUUAGUGUGGUGAACACGGGGCAGAGUGGCCAGUUGACCAGGAAGAUGAAAUGUAGCCUUAUCUGCUUUUGUGCCUUUAGGGGUACUUUGGUUGGUAAAAGUCAGCCAACGGUGGAGUUUUUCACAGCUUGGAAAUAAAACGUUAUCACCUGCUAAUGCUGUGUUUGCAAUUGUGUGGCCCUGCAGAUAUUUGUUGGACUCCAAGCCCUAGCAUUCCUCACCAUUGGCUGUCCUGGCUGGGGCUCCUGGGAGUUGUAAUCCGACGGUAUUCAUGGCCCCCACCUCUCUGCUAAUGACGGUAUCCAAAAUGUUUUAAAGAGCACAGCUUAAGAAUCCAUGUUGAAAGGUGACAAUCUUAGGGAUGGCUGAAAACUGAGAAUCUAAAUUUAAUCUGACACAUCUUGACAUUUUUGAUGUGAUAUCCACACUAUGUCCUGGAAUGUGUGAUCCUAGAUGGAAUGAUCAGAAUUAUUGUGGUGGAGGGAGGUGGGAAUAUGGAAAUUUGAAAAGAUUCACCCCUUUGGCUAUAUUUUUAGGGGCAGUUACAUGGUCACCAUAAAAUCAUGAGGGGAUCUGGGAGGUAGUAACAAUAGCUGCCUGUGUCUGGUUGUAGUUUUUUAAAAAAUGAAGUCAUGUUUGACACGGAAAAACAACACACACAAUAAACUUUGUAUAUUUCAUUGUUCAAAUAACA